AUGAAUUUUAACGAUGAUAUUGAUGCAUUCAGGACACCUGAACCUGAAGAAAAGAAGGAUGGAUCAGUCUUAACGCCAUUCCUUACUCAACACAUAAGUGAAUCAGCCUUACCAACAGAUAAUUAUCACAAAUAUUGUUAUCGUCAUAACCCUGAAAUAACCAGAAAUAAGACUGUUGAUGAUGAUAAGAUGAAAGGUUUACAAGAAAACAUUGAUAAAUUAACAUCAAGUGAUCAACAAGCUAUAACCCAUGUAUGGUCAAUUUUCAGUGCAGCCCCUUCUAAUCAAAGGAAAUUGAUUUUACAAGGUAUUUUAUCACAAUGUUGUUUCCCUACGUUAUCAUAUAUUUCAAGUGAAGUGUCUUCAUUGAUCAAGAUAGAUUUCAUUUCAGCAUUACCUAUGGAAAUAAGUUUAAAAAUUUUAUGUUACUUAGAUUGUGUAUCAUUAUGUAAUGCAGCUCAAGUACUGAAAAGUUGGAAAAAGUUAGCCGAUGAUGAUAGAGUAUGGCAUCAUAUGUGUGAACAACAUAUCGACAGAAAAUGUCCUAAAUGUGGAUGGGGUUUGCCAUUAAUGCAUAUGAAAAGAGCUCGUGAAGAAUAUGAAGCCAAUGUUAGUGAUGAACCACCUCAAAAUUCAAUUCCUCCAUCUCAAGUAACAGGAGAAUGUGAACCAAAGGUUCAAGAAAUUAAAGCUGAACCUGAACCAAAGAGAAGAAGAUUAUCCAGAAGACCAUGGAAGUCUGUUUAUAGUGAACGUUAUAAAUUGGAAAAGAAUUGGAGAAAAGGUAUUUAUAAAAUGAAGGAAUUUAUUGGUCACACUGAUGGGAUUACCUGUUUGCAGUUCAACAACAAGUAUCUUAUCACCGGAUCUUAUGAUACUUGUAUCAAGAUUUGGGACAUUGCAACUCAAACGUGCGUGAGAACCUUAACGGGUCAUACUAAAGGAAUUAAAUCAUUAGUUUUUGAUAAUCAAAAAUUAAUCAGUUGUGGAUUAGAUCUGACUAUUAGAGUUUGGAACUAUCACACUGGUGAAUGUAUCAGUACUUAUAGAGGACAUGAAGAUGCUGUAGUAAGUGUAGAUUUCCUGGAUAAAACCAUUAUCAGUGGUUCUGCUGAUAGUACCGUAAAAGUAUGGCAUGUAGAUUCCAGAACUUGUUAUACUUUAAGAGGUCAUACUGGUUGGGUGAAUUCAGUGAAGAUCCAUCAACCUUCCCAGACAGCAUUUUCUGCUUCCGACGAUACAACGAUUAAAAUGUGGGAUUUAAAUACUCACAAAUGUAUUAAAACCUUUGGAGGUGUUGAAAAUAAUGGUCAUGUAGGACAAGUUCAAUGUGUGAUACCAUUUAAUUAUAAAGAUAAAUUAUAUGAUGAUAGGGGAUUUCAAGAUUCAAGUGGUAGUGAAAGUGAAGACUAUGAAGAAUUCAAUGAGGAAAUCAAGAAUGGGCCAAGUCAUAUUUUAACUUCAUCUUUAGAUAAUACUAUUAAAGUAUGGGAUGUAAAAACGGGUAAAUGUAUCAGAACUCAAUUCGGUCAUAUCGAAGGAGUCUGGUCUAUCAGUGCUGAUAAUUUCAGAAUUAUCAGUGGAGCCCAUGAUAGAUUAAUCAAAGUAUGGGAUUUACAAGAUGGUAAAUGUUUACAUACAGUAGGUAAUAAUUCCAGUGUUAGCUGUGUUGGAUUAAGUGAUUCCAAGUUUGCUGCUGGUUUAGAAAAUGGAGUUGUUAAAUUAUUUUGUUUUGAUUAA